UACAAACCAGCACUGUCCUAGCAUUGCCAGACUAUGACAAACCAUUUUAUUUACAUGUGGAUGGCAGCUCUGGAUAUAUGAAAGCUGUACUGACACAAGCCUUUGGGGAUAAACAACGACCAUUGGCAUUUUAUUCCUGCAAACUUGACUGUGUAGCCUCUGGUCUCCCCACCUGCGUACAGGCUUGUGCAGCAGCAGCAGAAGCAGUAAAAAAGUCAGCAGAUAUUAUUUUGGGACAUCCUUUAAUAGUCAAAGUACCACAUGCAGUCACCUCAAUCCUGUUGCAAGCAAACUUAUCAUAUCUGACACAUGUAAGACAAUUAUCAUACGUAGGUAUUUUGCUAUCACAAUCGCACAUCACCAUAGAGAAGUGUGGCCAACUUAACCCAAGCACAUUGCUUCCUGCAGAAAUAGAUGGUGACUCACAUAGCUGCCUUCACAAGCUAGAUGAGGAAACGAAACCACGUGCCGAUAUAUAUAGUACACCACAACCAUCCUUUUUAGAUAUUUUUGUAGAUGGGUCCGCAAGUAAAGACAACACUGGCCGAAACUGUGUAGGUUAUGCUGUGACAACAAUAGAUACAGUCAUUGAAGCACAGCCAUUAACCUCCUCAUACUCAGCACAAAGUGCCGAGCUAAUAGCGGUAAUCAGAGCCUGUGAAUUACACAAAGAUAAGGAUGUAAACAUCCACACAGACAGCCAGUAUGUCUUUGCCGCAGUACACCAUUUUGCUAAAAUCUGGCAGAACAGAGGAAUGGUAACAUCCACAGGGACCCCAGUACAACAUGGUGAACUUUUGAAAAAGCUUUUAGAAGUAAUUAUGUUGCCAAAACACCUAGCUCUAUGCAAAUGCGCUGCACAUCAGAAAGAUAAUUCAGCCAUUACUAGAGGGAACAAUUUUGCAGAUGAAACCGCAAAGGAAGCAGCAGGCAGAAAAACAGAAGUUCUCGCAUUAACUUCCUCUCCUUUAAUACCCAUAACAGUACUGAUAGACGAACAAAAGGCCGCAUCACAAAAUGAAAAAACCUCGUGGUUAAAGGAAGGAGCAACAUUAAAGGAUGAUAUCAUGACAUGUCAUGGCAAACCGAUUUUGCCGAAGUCCCUGCAUAAAACUGCAGCGUUAGUGACACACGGUAAUACCCACGUGUCAACAGCAGGGAUGGUAGAUAUACUCUCUAAACAAUUCUACACAAAAAAUUUUGAAACUUCAGCAAAAGAGUAUGUUAGAACAUGCAUGAUAUGUCAAAAACACAAUGCCCAAGGGAAUCUAAGGCCCCAAAGAGGUCAUUUCCCCACUCCACCUCACCCAUUUCAUACCAUACACAUGGAUUUUAUCCAACUAAACAAACUAACACCUUUUGAGAUAGUACAUGGGCGACCCUUCCCCCUCCCUGUUACCAGUGAGCCAAUAGAUAAAUCAAUAAGAGAAACAACAUUAGCAGAAUGGAUGGCAAAGCUGCUAGAGAAUAAAGAAAUAAUAACGAACAAUCAACUGCCGAGUGAUUCUCUUCCAGUCUCUUCCAGGUUGAAACCAGGCGACUGGAUCCUGAUCAAAGUACUCCAAAGGAAAAACUGGAGCACUCCCAGGUGGGAAGGCCCCUACCAGGUCCUGAUCACCACGCCCACGGCAUGCAAAAUUGCUGAACGACCUUCGUGGAUUCAUCAAAGUCACACCAAAAGGGUAGAGCCUACCUAAAGCAUAGACCCUAGUCUCCUCCAGACCUCUUUGUGUUCGCCCGGUGGGGGGUAGGGUGAUCAGGUGGCAACACUCGUGAACCCACCUCUCUGGCCGGGGUCUACUCA